AUUCAAAUCAAUGAGCUUUUAAGUAUAAAUAAGCUAAUAACUUAGACCACCGAUUCAAAAAAAGAAGAAUUCAGAAAGUACUUAGAAAAAGCAGGAGUCAUUGAUUAAUUGACUAGAGUCUUAGUAGGAUUAUAUGAAGAACCUGAAAAACCUAAUAAUGCCAUAGAGUAAAUUCUAGAAUUACAUUUAGCUAUGUCAAAAAGUAUUUAGGAUCUCCAGUCGAUAUCGACGUUGACAAGUUGAAAUUAGAAUAUGAGAAAUUGAAAGAUGAAAACAUUAGAUUAAAGAGAGAAAUUGCUGAAUUAAAAAAAGAAGUAAUUAAGUUCAAAAUAUCUAGUUAUAAGCAGCCUAACAAGAAUAAAAUUGAU